GCAGAAUAUGAGGAGUGUAUCGAGGCCAUAGAGAGAGGACAGAGGGAGGCAGUGUUUCUGUCAGGGAAACUAGCAUCAACCCUCAUGCAGCCUGAGACAAUCAGGUGAAUGCAGGCAUUUAGAAUAUGUAAUAAAUAGAGGAUAUUAAAUGGCUGCGCGGGGAAAUAUGAAAUAUUUUUCAACACUUGAAGAGAAAUUUUGUAUCUCCAAGCCGCCAUGUAAUGUUCUAUUUAUUAUAUAAACACCAAUGAAAUACCAACCAUUUCACUUUAAUAGUUUUUUGGUGUGAAAGGCGCGAUUUAUUAUGUAGCCAUAGCAACGGUGAUAUUUUCACAUGUGAAGAUAUCAAGCUUUUGUGCGAAAGUUCACCUGGUAUUUCAUUGGUGUUUAUAUAAUAAUUGGUUCUAUUGUUACUUCUUUUCAUCUCAGAUUCUCAUUCAAAUACACAUGCUGUAAAUGAUCUGUUAGACACCUGGGGUGUUUCUUUAAUUUCAGGGGUCCAAGAGAGAGCGUUUGAUAGAAAGGAGGCGUUGGAAAGAGAGAGACGUAUACUUUUAUUUUUGUAACAAUCUUUACAAGGGUAAUAUCCUUUUGGCGAAAAUAUGAAGAGAGUUUAUAAACAACGUAAUAUUCAGUCUAGGCAAGUAGAGAUCCAUAUCGCAACCUGGAUGUCCGAGAACCCUUGUUCAGAGUCAUUGUUUUCUCAUCGUUAAUCUAUCCCUUGUUUGAACUUGACAUUGAACAAAAAGCAAAUAUGCCCAAACCCAGAUAACUUUGCUCCUUUUUGCUAAUUCCAAGUAUUUUUGUGUAACUGUGAUGAGGGGGCAUCUAUAUAAUCCUUGAGUGGGCGUUUAUAAGACAAGGUGUUUAUUUGAGAGAGGGCUUCUAUUAGAUCAUUUAUGGUAAUUGCUUUCUCUAGUGUAACAUAUGCUGUGAACAGGCUCCCGGGAGACGUGGUGACGGAUGCUUCUCCCUUCCCUUUCCUUUUCCUUAAAUUUCAAGCUUUUAUACCACAUAAGAGAGCCUAUUUACAAGCUAGGCUAUUUUUUUCUAAAAUAGGGUAAGGGUUCAAGAAGGCUUUCUGAAAAACUCCAUAGGAAUUAUCUGGGAGUAUUCCCUGGCUCCCAGCUCCUUACUCUAGUGACCCAGGUCGAGCAGGUACAAACUCGGACCGGAUGAACUUACAUUUAGGAAAAUCCAGGCCCCAGUUGUUCAAAAGGUGGAUAGUGCUAUCCGAUGGAUAAAUCUCUAUCCUGUGGAUAGCGCUUUUGGUUUCCCAAAUACUUACCCACUGGAUAGUGAUUUAUCCGGUGGAUAGCGCUAUCCAACGUUUGAUUAACCAGGCCCAGGAGGGUAACUGUGAAUUGUGUUGUUAGUAUGUGUCAGGGCCCAGUUGUUCGAACCCUGUUUAGCGCUAACCCAGGGUUAAAUUUUAACCCGGGCAGGCGCGGAUCUAGGAUAAAUGCUGACCGAUUUCCUCAACGAGCGCCGAAACGCAAGCUUCUUGGGGGUCCAGGGGCACACUCCCCCGGUAAAUAUUUUAGAUUUUAACUCCCUAAAGUCUCCUUUCUCGGGGAUCCGAGUGACUCAGAUAGGAUAUUGGCCAGUUCCAUUCACCUUGGAUAAAGCCUUGCAACUUGGAAAGUUUUUUAUUUAUUAAAAAUAUAUCUAUUUAAGAAAAAUCUGACCGAUUUCCGUAAAACGGUGGAAACCGGUGUGGAUCCGCGCCUGCCGGGGUUCAUUUUCUUCUUAUCAAAAGCACUCUCUCGGAUAAUUUUCUCUAUUCUUUAGAGCAUCCAAUCAUCAAAUUGUAGGUAAAGAGAAUUUAACUGAAUUUGCUUUUUAAGCUUUCAUAUCUGAGUUCAAAUUUCGCACUAACCCUGGGUUAUCUUAACCCAGCUUCGAACAACCCGGCCCAGAAGGUAAACCACCACCACCACCACCACAAUGUAUCGACAUUUUAUGAUUUAGUAUUGUUUACGUUGAAUCUCUCCUAAGCAGGAACUUAAAACGACGCGGAGAUGAGCUAGAGCUGAAAAUAAAACUGCUCAAAGUUCUAAACCAAAGGUAGAUACCAAACCGUCUAAUUCUAAUUAGGUUUAGUGCAGUUAAGUAUGUUUCAACAAUAACUGGAAGAGUUUGCCGCAUUGCCUUGGUUUACGCUAAACGAUUCAAGAAUGACUAUUUUAAUUACGGAACCCCUUAUCAAAGAACCUCGAUGCUAUAUGUUAGUUCAGGGGCACCCAACGACUGUUUUCUGUAAAAUAUCUGUUCGGAGAAGCAAAAAUUGCCCAGAAUUUUCUAUAGCUUAAGGUGGGCUGAAAAUUUCAAGAUGACCGUUCCAUUCAUGUUCAAUCUUUGUAACAUAUAUAAUAAAUUCCCUACGAUUUUCUAAAGUUUAAUUUUUGGCAUUUUAGUACCCAAGUUAGCCUAUUUGUCGUAGAAAAAGGAAACGUAAAAUUUUCGAUGGAGAAAAUGGAGAGAGGAAUCAGAAAAAUUUUCACUUUCGUAAAACUUAAAAUUGCAUUUAAAAUGUUCGGGAAAAUAAUACGGAGGCCCUUGUAAUUUCGAAAAGACUCAAGUUGCCCUAGGAAGACCGAACAGAUACAAAUUUUAUAGCGCCGCUUAGAAUGCAUCUCUAGAGAUCUGAAACUACUCUGGAUAGCCUAAAAAGUGUUUCCAAUGCAUCUAGGAGGAAACUAUCGUUGGUUGCCCCUGUUAGUUGAUUGAUCAAAUUGUGGGGACGGCAUGAAGAGAUGCGACACUGAUGCGAGAACCCCAGCGCGGAACAGGCUAUUAGUUAGGGGCACCCAACGACUGAGUUUCCUCCUAAAUACAUUGAAAACACUUUUUAGGUUUUCCAGGGUACUUUUAGAUCUCUAAAAAAGCAUUCUAAGCUGUAAAAUUUGUAUCUUUUCGGUCAUCCUAGGGAAACUUCAGUCAGAAAAUCGUGGGGAAUUUAUCAGAUAAGCUUCGAAAAUUGUCCAUGAACGGAAGGGCGAUCUAGAGAUUUUCAGCUGUCCUCAAGUAAUAGAAAAUUCCAGACAAUAGGCUGAUUAGCAACAGAACGGGAACGUCAGUUGACGACUGCACGUGCAAAUCAAACAACUGGCUUAUCCAAUGGCAGAGCGGCAAAUUGAGCACCUGAAGUCGUGUUUAAUCCUUUCCGCGCGCUUUUCCAUCGUCAACUGACGUUCCCGUCCGAACAGAUAGUUUACAGAAAACAGCUGUUGGGUGCCCCUGAUUAGUUGCUACUUUAAUUGUUACGUGGAAUGCACAGCGUUAAAAUACUCCAAACUCUAUCUGACCUCAGGCUAGCCUAAGUUCGAGCUAUAAGCUAUCCACUGUACUGUGAACAGCAACGGCCCGGGGCGGCACGUUUCGUCCACACCCAUCGAACAUCGUGCCGGCGCGGUUGGUCGAGAGGGUUUGGUGCACUAAAUUCCAAUCCUCACUCCUGCAUUUACUUCCGUCUCAGUGUGUUCCAGUAUUCGCUCCUACUUGUUCACUUCCACGACUGGCCGAAUUGGUGUUUACACUGCACCAAAGUAGGGCACAAAACCUAUGCCAUCUUGUGGCGUUCCACUUUCGAGAUCGACACAGCGCAGUCUCGCUCCGUCACAGAAAUAGAGAGGAGAAGUGUGACGUCACGUUACCAUGGUAGCACUAUUUCUGGACUACAACAAAACCAACGACGACAUUUCUUUGCCGUCGUUGCACCAGUACGACAUGAGACUUCCUUAUUUCACGAGCCCGCUUUAUGGAGUAAGUGAACACAACACCAAACUUGAAACUGAAUAAGAUCGGUAAAGUUUGAAAUAGUGCGAAUGGACUUUUAAGUGACUUUAUCGGUUUGUUGUCAUCCAAAAAUUUUGCUACUAUGGCAACGUGACGUAACGACUUCUCCUCUCUAUUGCGCCGCCACAACCGUUCCUGUGUGUGUACAGAAGCCCCAUCCUGUAUGAUUUUCGUGGCGGAGCAUGCGCAAAAGCUAUCCGGUAUAGCUAGAGUGAACAUAGCUUUUAUUUACUCAUAAUCAUCUGUUUUUAUUCUAGGUUCGAAUCAACCUUGAAGUCAUCUUGCAGGUAAAUAAACACAUUGUAAAAAUUGUAACAGUAACUUGUAACCAGAUAAACUUGGAAAGCGAAAUCCGCAUGUUGCAUUAUCAUGAGGCAAUGGCGUCGCUGCAAUUAGAAUUCAUUGUAGAGAGCUUGUAGACAGCGACGAAGACGUCGCUAAAAAAUAAAUUUGCGCCCUUUCAAACUUUACCGCGUCUUUUUGGACCAGCUCAAUUUGUCAAAUUUAGGCGAUUCCACCUGGAGUUGAAUUCUUAAGGACUUUAUCCAGCAAAAAAAAGAGAAAGAAAAAUUUGCCAUCGUUUGUUCACGUUCUCCAUAAAAACGUUGCAUUAGGAGGUCUUACGUCGUAUUCCUGCAGUGGACGUCAACGAAAUGUACAAAAAUGCGUGAUGCACGUGCAGAGCUGUUGUUUUGCUCAUAAAACCAAUUGUUUUUUGACGUUGUCGCUGUCGUUGUCGUCAUCAUCGCCUUUGCUCGAGUUUCCUGAUCAUAUAGAAACUGGCGCAGUACUUCAUCAAUUUCAUUUGUUGUGGGAGUAUGUGAUGUAAAAUGUUUCUUUUCUUUUGUUGCUUUUUUUUUCUCCUGUGAGCAAGAGAACCGGUUUCCUUAAUGUCUUACUCACCAGACGUUUAACUUGUAUGUCUUGUAUAUUUGUAGUGCUGGGAUUUGUUUUCAAUUGCUUGGUGUGUGAAAUGAUAUCAAUUUACACUUUUAGAACUUCAUCCAAGCAAAACAGACAAAGUUAUCUCAACUCAUCGAAUUGCGUAUCUGAAGGUACAUUUGUCACGAAAACUUUUUUAUAGGCACUUUUAUUUUGCACCGAAUGAUAAUUUCGUUUGGCGCCACCAGCUGUAAAGAACUGCCAUCUGCUUCUGAAAGGCCCAAAUUGCAUGUUUGUUAAUUGUGCGGACGAAAAUUUCUGCAUGUAAACCCAAUGAAAAGCUGUUCCGCCUUCUGAAAAUUUCCCGUUGGUUGGAUCUAGCUCUCUCCAUCUGAACAGCCCCUUAAUAAAGGCAGGUUUACACAUGCAUUUUUUGAUUAGUAUUGGUGGCAAUUUCAUCGUAAUUGCACCGUAUUAUCCAACUAGGGCAGGAUCCAGGUGUUUCAGUGUUAUCACAAACGGGUCAGCCUUUUUUUGCCGCUAUAAAUUAUUCUCUGGUAACUUCAACUGCGUUUCAACGUAAUGUUCGUUUAAGAACUGAAACUUUUUCUGGUUUAAUGGGUGCUUUUUCGGAAUACGGAUCCUCUGUAAUGAUACGCUUCCCUAGAUUUGUUUAAUGAUGGGGAGGGGCUAUAUUCGUAUGCUCUUAAAUUUCUCUCGCAGGCUCCUUUCUGACGUGGGAUCAUUCUCGCAAUGCUUUGCGGUCAUAUUUUUUACCUAGUUUCACCGUGGAACAACUAACGAACACCGCCUUUCUGACAAAAAAGGUACAGUAAAAAAUACUUGCAACGGUUCUGUGGACAAAAACCUUGUCUGUGUAAUCUUUAUGAAUCCAAAACAGGAUCGCUAUAAUUAGAGUGGUUUCGAUCCGAGAUGGGUCUUGUCAUUUAGGUUUUCAAGUCAAUAAGCCCUGAGGGCUAGACUCGACUGUUGACAAAAGAGAUAGAAGUGGAACCUGAAUCUAAGGACAUUUGUGUUGCCUAAAAGAGGUUGGAAGUAAGUGCAAGUAUGUUUAGAGGCGACCAUCAUUCAGAUUUCAUUUCUUGAAGAGAGUUUAAGAUGUCAAAGUGGCGAAGGCGAAAGCAACGAGACUGACGAGAAGGUAGAAAUUCAACGUGUUUAGACUACGUUCAGACGGUACCAGAUGAAUGUCCUUCACGUCGAAAAUUCGUCCUGAAAAACGAAAAAACAGAACUUGGCCAACAUACACUUACUCUUUGGCAAGAACGCAUGUGUAUGUUUUGGAAAAAAGGAGGCUCGCGCGCGCAACUGAUGACGCGAUUCUAGUGGAACGGUUUCUCUACAAUUGUGACGUGUAAUUUUUUGUGUUAGACAAUCUUUCUAGUUGAAACAUAGCACCUGAGUCUAUUGGAGAAACGAGUUAUCGACUUAAAAGCACUGAAGUGAGAACGAUAAUCGUCGCAAGGAUGGCCGCCUUUCUGUUUUAGCAGACUUGCUCCGCCAAAAAUGUACCUCUUUGAGGAUGUAUUCGUUCGUUAAAGUUAACGUCUAGUUGGAUAGUUUUAUCAAACGUGAAUCCAAAAUCAAACCUUACGCCACAAAGCAUGUUUUAUUUUCUCAGUUGGCAGAUCUGAAAUCUAGAGUGGCUGUGGUAAAGCUAGAGCAUAAAACCAGGUUUGUGGGGUUGUCCUUUGUAUUGUGGAAGAGGGAGAAAUGUAACAUUAGAAAGCUAAGAAAAAAAAUUCCGAGGUGCAGUGAGAAACGGACUCAUAAGCCUCCGAGUUCUAGGAUGCUCUAAUCACUGAGUUACUGGUGGCUCUAUGGCGGGCAGGGUCGAAAUUCAUUCAUAAUACACCAGUCGUGGGGGAAUGUAUAAACGGCAGUUCGAACACGACAUUCGUCUGCCAGUUUCUUUGUAGUCCACCAACGUUUCAAGCUCAGGAAUUAAUUUUGAAUUACGGUAUUUCCUCGAAUAAUAGCCGCGGGCGAUCAUUAAUUUUUUCGCGCCAAAAGGGGGCGAUUAUUCUAAAUUUUUACGGCAAAGGGAAUAAUUAGUGAAUUAAUCUGGGCUAGUUUGCGGGUUGAAACUCUCAUUCUUACGGACACCCUUAAAUUUGAAGCUGAAAAAUAGGACUGCGGGCCGUAAAGUUGACGAAGAAAAGGUCCCCGUUUAAAAAACAAACAAGCAAACAAAGAAGUUAGUUUCAUUUCGUCAGUUUUCCUGCUAUAACGAUCUUGUUUGUUGGUAUUUUUACUUUUGGUAUAGAUUUGUUCCAAAGGCUUUAAAACGACAGCUUUUCAAGCGCCUUCGGGAAAAAGAGGUAAUUUUUUCCGCGUGUUAAAUGCCAUCCUUCUGGUACUUGCAUUCGAUUGAGUAUGUCGAAAAAGUCUCAUUGAUGGAAUUUUUUACUUUCCAUGAAAUAACAAAGAACACAAAUGCUUUCCUGGGCAUAAAUACCUUGAAGUACUUUUUUUUGUCACAUUCUUACAGGAAAUCAAAGAAGAGCUGUUGAGUAAACGCGAGAAACUCAAGAUGAAAAUAAUGUCAAAUCAGCUGUCGAUGGCUGUACAAGUUGAGGUAAGCAAGAAAGACUCGGCUUUGUUAUUGUUGUUUUUUCUCUUUCUCUAAAAUUCCGGGUGGCCUUGUGAUUUACCGCCAAAACGCGCGGGUACUUGAAAUUCAACCCCAGCUUAAAUUUAGGGGUGGACGUUCGUACCUACGGACGAUUUUGUCAGAACCAAAAUUCGUGUCUGCAUAGACAACUAAAUUUUCUUACCCAUGGUGCUCCGCUACGCGCGCUUCGCGAGAGGUACCGUAAAAUUCCGAAAAUACGCCCCGGGGCUUAUAUUUUUCAAAGGCCCUUUAUGAGGGGCUUAUAUUCGGAGGGGCUUAUUUACGGAGGGAAAUUUGCUUUUCAAAUUGAUUGGGCUAGCUUGUAGUGGGAAGGAAAUGUACCAUUUUUGCUUUGUUUUACUUUGUAUUCGAGAGCAAAUUCCAACGGUACAAGCCGGGGCGCUCAUAUUCAGAGGGGCGAUUUAACGGAAGGUUUUUUGCGUUUCGAUUUUGGGGGGCUUAUAUUUGGAUGGGCUUAUAAAUGUAGGGGCUUAUUUUUGGAAUUUUACGGUAAGUUUUGUUUCGUUGCUCAAGACAUUUAAUUAUUUGAAAGCGAACCGUAUUUAAACAGCUUUUAGCCUUUAGUUUUAAACUCUAUGCUCUCGUCUCUAUCCAGAGGAAAGCGCAAUCGUUAUUUCCUAAUACUUAUCCACUGGGUUGUGAUUUAUCCGGUGGAGAACGCUAUCCAACGUUUCAACUACUGAAGCCAGGAGUGUUUCAUUGUGUAACGAUCGUGAGGUCUCCAAUAUGAGUUUGAGUUUCCGGAAAUUUUUGUCACUACUCUAUGGAACUGUCAAUAUAAAGAGGACGGGUUUUGUUCCAGUUCUCUUCGCAACCUAGUAAACGGCAAAUUUGGCCAACACAGGGCGAUGCCAGUGACGACAAAAAACCGAAUUGAACAAGGAUAGAAGAGGCAAAUUGAGCACCGAAAGUCACGUUCAGUCCUUUCCGCGCGCUUUCGCGUUGUCAUUUGACGCUUUGCUAAAUCUGCCUAAUAAAAGCUAGGUAAGGUGUGUUACAAGGACACGAUUCACAACAGCCAUUUUUUCGUCAGUUGCAAUGUUAAAACAGCGUUGUAGCCAUUCUAAACAAUGUUGGCCCAUUAUUGGGAGUUUUGCAGCUCUAACUAAUUGUCGCUGUGUUUCGUCCUGUGCAACACCCCCUUAAAUAAAGAAGACAACGUUCAUAAAACAAUGCCAUAAUGCAAUUCAACACUGACCCAGUCACCCGCAAUUUCAAAAUGGCUAAUGGAUCAAAGAAUAGUAUUAGUGGAGAAAGACCUUGUUUCUCUAAGGUAUCUAUCCUUUUGAUCUUUUAGGCAAACAAAAGCAAAACCAGACCAGUUGUUUACAGGGGAGCUUUUGGGAACAUCGCCAUUGCAAUCAAACAAACCAAAGAAACAAUGGAGAAGGCGGGUAAGCUAUUUUCUCCCACGCAGCCUUUUUGUGUCGCCACGGAACUCUUCUCCCCAGAAUGACAAAAAAGGCACAGCUGGGUAAGAAAAUAGGAGUUGAUUUUCGUUUUUAAUCUCAAAAACGAUAAUAAAAGAAUUUAAGCGAAAAAAUGCAACGGAUUCGCGGGUAGGCUGUAAAUGAAUCCACCCUAGGUUUACUAAAUAGCGCUGCACUGAUUAAAGUAGAUUCGUUUUGGACAUACAUGUAUGAGUCCCGCUUGUGUCCUUUCCCACUGGGCAAGGAUAUGGCCAGUAAAGCUUUCUCUCUCUGGAAGUAAAAUAGAUGAAGCAAAUGAGGAUAGUUUCUCAUGUUUUGUGUUGUUUUAUGUAGCCUCUGUGUUGAUGUUGUAUAUGUGCUCAUUAUUGAUUGGAUGGACUACAGUUUCUUAAAGAUAUGCAUUUUUUUAUACAUCUGUGCCAGGAGCCGAUUCGGCUCCUGAUCUGUGCUCAAUCUUCAGUCAAUCUUCAGUCUUUCUUGAUAUAAGGCAUUUACACAAAUGUGCGUAAGUAGGAGAACAAAGUAGGCGAUAAAUAAUCGUUAAGCUAAAAGACAUAAGUUAAUUUGUCAAUUUCCCCUUUUAUCUUAAGGACUCCUUAAUCGUGAAAACAAAGGGUCUCGCUUGCGGUAAAGGCACGUGCAACUGAUGACGAUAUCUGUACAAUUGUGACGUAGUUUUUCGAAUCAGAAACGUUUUGUCAGUAAAAAGUAUAGCAUCGGCUCUUGCGGACACAUGUGAUUUUCCUGAAAUCAUUGAACUGGAAAUUGUUUCUCCAAGAGGUUGUCCGUCAGCAUGAGAUUCUGUGCUUUGUGUUUUAGCCGACAUAUUUCUUUGCUUUCAAACAACGUACAUACAAAAUUUCUAACUCUUUGAAGAGCGAGGUUUUGGCAGAUGUUGUAGUAAACGCAACACGUCUGUAAGGUUUUUUUUUUUGCAAAAGUAUUCAUAAACAAACAAGUUUCCGCUUUCGUCGUAAAGAAUUCUGAGUCCUUUAUACCGAAAUAGGAGCAAGUUUUCGACUGGAUGCGAAAUUUAGAGUCAACUUACUGUACUUUGCGCGCAGUCCUUCUAAGCAUUUACCCGAAAAUAGAGACAGCAUGACUCAGGAUUGAAAACUAAAUUGAAGUAAAGUUUUAUUUUUGUUUGCAGAUGAAAUGUGUCAAGAGACAAAAGACGGGCCAGAAACUAUCGCUGAUAGCCAAUCAUCGAUCUGCAUCCUAGGGGAAGUUGACGUACGUGCGCUAAUCCUCCUUGUGCUCUUAAGGUUACAAGCCUGUAAAUAAUUUUCCUUUUAAGAAAUGAUGUGGAUCAUGCCCCACCGGAUCAUUACAGUCGGACCAUAGUUUAUAGAGUGGAAUGGUUAUAAGCCCGUCAGAGUAGUUCUUGCUUUUAAGUUUUUUUUAUUGUGCAGACUUGACGGUGCACAACGUCCAAUAGCGUUGCUUUCAUUUCGAUCUUCAAAACGUCGCAAUAAUCUAUUGCGCAUCAAUUUUUGAAUAGGACACAAGGGAUUUUCCCCCUUCAUGGAGCUCCCAAUAUAAACCGCAACACCUACGAUCUUUGCCGCAUUUUGAUAACCAGUCUCCUCUACUAACUAUGGUCGGACAAACCAAAAAUAGUCCCCUGAGGGGACCUGUGCUUACUGGGUAGAGGGUGUCGAUCCCAAUACCCCUGCCUCCAAUCUGGUAGGUACCUCAUAUAUGAUUCCUAUAGUGUACUGAGAUAUAGAUUCUUAUAGUGUACUGCGUCUUAUAGUGUACCGAGGUACUUGUUUUACUUGUGUGUCUUGGCCUACUUUAGUUACUUGGCGUGCUUGAGGUACAUAUUCUUGGCGUACUUGGCUAACUUUUGUACCUAAAGCAGGCCAAGUAACUAAAGUAGGCCAAGACACUGACGCAGUCCAAGACACACAAGUACGCCACGUACCUCAAACACGCCAAGUAAGUGAAGUAGGCCAAGACAGUCAAGCAACUCAAGACACACAAGUAAGGCAAGUACCUCAAACAUGCCAAGUAAGUGAAGUAGGCCAAGACAGUCAAGCAACUCAAGACACACAAGUAAGGCAAGUACCUCAAACAUGCCAAGUAAGUGAAGUAGGCCAAGACAGUCAAGCAACUCAAGACACACAAGUAAGGCAAGUACCUCAAACAUGCCAAGUAAGUGAAGUAGGCCAAGACAGUCAAGCAACUCAAGACACACAAGUAAGGCAAGUACCUCAAACACGCCAAGUAAGUGAAGUAGGCCAAGACAGUCAAGCAACUCAAGACACACAAGUAAGGCAAGUACCUCAAACAUGCCAAGUAAGUGAAGUAGGCCAAGACAGUCAAGCAACUCAAGACACACAAGUAAGGCAAGUACCUCAAACAUGCCAAGUAAGUGAAGUAGGCCAAGACAGUCAAGCAACUCAAGACACACAAGUAAGGCAAGUACCUCAAACAUGCCAAGUAAGUGAAGUAGGCCAAGACAGUCAAGCAACUCAAGACACACAAGUAAGGCAAGUACCUCAAACAUGCCAAGUAAGUGAAGUAGGCCAAGACAGUCAAGCAACUCAAGACACACAAGUAAGGCAAGUACCUCGGUACACUAUAAAGACGCGGUACACUAUAAGAAUCUAUAUCUCGGUACUCGCCCGUCUCGCUGGACAAGGGUAACGCAGACUCUGGGAAAGAGAUUGUUCUGGCCUGGAGGUUAUAGCGAAAAACGUUAAAGCUGUGUGCUACGAGUUAAUGCAAUCCGAACAAUCAAAUUUAAAUUAUUGCCACGAGCCGUGUGCGUGUUUAUGCGUCCCGUGCUCAUCCCGUCUUCAAGCAAUCGUCAGUUGGAUUCAUUUGCAUCAUACGCGUAUAGAUGUCUCAUUUGCCCGCUGGAAUUUUUUAUCGCCUGCCGCUAAAGAAAAUGUUAACAUCGCAAAAUUUAUUGUGUCUUUGAAGCAAAUAAUUCGGAAGGCUUCAUCGGCGCUUCAUAAAUCUAUUUUCUCCCUGAAAAGUAGACUUCCUAAGCUUUAAAAAGAGACCAAGUAUAAAUCUCAGCGUGCGUUGAAUAUUCGUAGACUUUAAUCUGAUUUUGCGAGGAUUCUAAGUUCGCUUUUAAAACCACUAAAUGUUACACAAAAUGACCUGUGCACAACUUCGGACAAAAACACAAACUUCAAUAUCUCGAAAAAUAUGCUAUGUGAAGUCGAGAUUUCAAAUUCUUUCUGGCGUUGAACAGUUUAGUUCACUAUUUUCAAGCUAAUUUUCGCUUAUUCAAUCGAAUUGAGUUCAAACUAUUUUUCGUAAAUGACGGUAAUUCAUGACAUCUCUAAACAAAUUGAACAGCGCGCGUAUUAAAAAAAUCUUGGCAAUAAGAGAUAGCUGUAAUUACGUAGUUCAAUAGUUUGUUUCACUCUUUGUACCUCAAGCGAAAAAAAAAAAAAAUGAAACAUUAAAAAAAAAUGAGAAACCUCAAAAGUGGCAAAGUCCCCGAAAAGGAAAGAUGCCAUCGAGUAUUUAUUGAACGCGGAUCUCGAGUAGUGUAACUUACUAACUUCUUGCAAUUUAUUGCUUUUACUAUAAAUUUAGCUUGCGUAGCAGGUGUCGAAAGGGGUGGAUUGGGGAGAAAUAGUAGCUUGCCACGCAGGCCACUAUAAAUUCAGUCAUAUGCACAUUAAACCAACCCAUACAUGCAGGCAACCUACUCAUCGAUGCUCAUAACAUGAUGACACAUCUUUCCGGUUUCCCUAAUUUUUCCAAAUUCAGAUAGAACGCCAUUAUGCUUCCAUAGACCAACGGAUCCCACGGAAACGACUUUAGGCGUCUUGUAUUAAAAUAUUUUUUACUUUAAUUUAUAUAUAUUUAGUUUGUGUCCCCUAAUUAGCAUAGGUUUUUAACCUAAGCUAGGAGGCUUCUUUAGACACCUUAAUAAAGUUUCAUCAUCAUCAUCAUCAUCAUCAUCACGGUUUUUAAAGAGAACUUAGUGCGCUUCUUACACUUUUUUUCUGCCAUUUAUUUUUCAGACAAUUAGAACUGAAAAUGCCCAGCUGUUUGAGGAAAAAGUUGCCCUAGAACAGGAAAAUAAUGAGGUACUAUCCGCUUGAUAAGGUUUCAGCCUCUUCAUCCUAAAAAUUAGUUCCCACGCCAAUUAAAGCAUGCAAUAAUAAGAAGCAGCCUGUUGGCGGGUAAUAUUAAGGGAGUUUUUACCCAAAGGUGCUCUUAAGGAGUUAACUUUACAGUAUAUUGUCCAUCAGUACUUUGUUUCUUACCUGUCUUUAAAUUCACGUGCAUGCCCAACUUCAAAGUACAAUUCUGAACAAUUCUGCCCCCUUCCCACUCACCCCUGCCUGUUUUUCUUUCCCUGAAAUAAUUUAUUGCUGAUUUAUCGCUUUGCAAAUUUUACAAGAACUUGAAAUACUCAGCUCUUGCCUCUUUCUUUAGUUAAAAAAGAGAGAUACUGAAAGAUUAGCAGAAAUUGCUGCAAACGUGGAGACGAUUCGAAUGGCUGAAGCGGUAAUUACAUUUUGCUUUUUAAAUCGUUUGGUAUUUUUUUAUUAAAAUAUGGUAUUAACUUCCGAUCACGUGGACUUAAACAGCACUUACACACGCUUGGUCAAUAAACAGAGUUUAAUACCAUCACCUGACGAGAUACCACUCCGACUUUGACUCCUAUUAAGAACUUUGGUCACCCGGACUCGACCUACUCUAUGUAUGUUAGCACUUAUAUAGUUGUCUUUGGGUAGUGCUAAAAUUCGGCCUAAUGCCAAUGUAGUCGGAAAGAAAUGUGUAAAUCUAUAGUAUUGUGAUUGAAACUAAAGAGAGAACGCGAGGCGAAGCGGGGGGAGGAGGGGGGGGAAGAAACGUAAUUUUUUUCCUGCUCAUAGCUCUUUGCGCCGAGCACACAAUCUAAAGACCUGGGCUUUUAAUGUUUGCUUUAUGAAAGCUGUUGUAUGUUGUCUUUUUUUAUGAAUAAAUAAAUCAGGUUUGGCUGUUAAGCUGGGAAAAAAUCAUGGGGAGGGUCGGGAGUUAAAGUUUUGUACUGUAGUAACUUCAACAGCAGCACGACCACUAUUGAUCGGCGAAAGCUCGGAUUUUAACAAUCAACUAUAUAUCUACAGCUUUUAAGGGCCUCACUCGAGCUACAAUAUUUUUAUUUAUAAAUAUCAGUAAGUAACUGAUUAACUAUGUUUUAAAUUACAGGGGCUACGUUUGAAAUUUAACGAGUGUGAAGAACAGAAAGAGGUAAUGAGGCAAUAUAACUUAAUUACGUCCCAGGUGCAGUGAAUUCAAUUCUUUGUCUUUGGAUGCACUUCUGGUUAUGUAAAUAUUCAGCCACAAAAUGCCCCCCCUUCCCCUCCCCGGACAGUAUUUAGUAUUUUUAGAUUAAAAUCUGUUCAGUUAUUUAUUCAUUUAUAUAUUUAAUUAAUUUGGAAGGAUCCAGCCAAAGACAGAGAGGCGGAGUUUAUACUUGAAUACAUUGAAAACUUCUUUGAGGUGAGAAUAAAAUAAGUAACUAAAAUCAUGUGAUCUUCUUGGUCGACUCAAGAUGGGCAUACAUUCCAGUGUAAUUCCAAUGAGACUUCGAAGCCCGAGCGAACAAUGACUAUUUUUUUUUAAGGUGAGAGGGGUGGGGCGGAGGGGAAAUAGACCCUCUGCAGCGAAAAAGUCACGGAAGAUAAAAUUGCAGUUUCCACUGCAUCCUCUGCUCUCAGGGCGAGGUGUAUCAUGUUACUGUGCAUGUCAAGCUGCAACAUUCUCUCUUGGCUGCAAACGGUCCAUUUUAACAUAAAAAAACCCCAUUUAUUUCAAUCGAACUUCCCACACUAAUCAGGUACUGGGAUCUCAUUGGUCUACUUCGGUUUCCCAAACACAAAAAUCCGCAUUGGGUACGAAGUUGGAUGGCGGUUAACACCAGCAAAUCGUCUGCUUUGCUGGUUACACAGUCCAUGGAUUAUCAGUAUAUAAAAUAUAACCCUUAUUAUACUUGACAUUUUGAAUUCCAGUACUCGCAGCAUUUUUUUUUACUGAAGGAAUUAUUAUUUUCGUUCCAGUUGUUUGAGGAGGGAAAAGUUGAAGAAGCUGUAUUGCAUGCAGCACAUUCUCCAAAGGUUAGUAAUACGCUUUCAUUUGUGAUAACUGUGUCUACUUUAAGCCAUUUAACAUUUUGUUUUGUUUUUGGGUAUGGUAUUGUAUGAUAAUGAGUUUGAAACAAAAGAAAAUAAAAAUUAAACCAAGGAUAAAACUGAACUACUACAUAUACAC